AACUGUUUAACUGGUUUUAUAUCUGGUUAACUAGUUGGUCAUAUACAUGUGCGUGUGUGUUUGUGUCUCUGCGUGUGUCUGUGAAAGUUGCUGUGUGUUUGUGUCUAGGUUAGUGUGUGUGUCUGUUUGAGUGAGUGUGUUUGUAUCUGUGUCUGUCUGCGUGUGUUUAUGUGUGUGUCUUUGUGUGUAUGUCUGUGUGAAUGCGUUUGUUUUUGUGUGUGUUUGUGUGUUUGUGUGUACUGUCAGGCGUGUUGGUUUAUCCUAAAUAAGAGAUGAGCCGGACUGGUCCAAUUCAAGUUGUGGUGAUGGACGACGCCCCUUACAGACAGGAGGCGGACUCGUCUGAUGUGGUCGGUGUGGGUGUGUGUGACUCCGCCCCCCUGCUGUGGAGGAUGGAGGACCUGAAGACGUUGAGGAGGCGUGGCCUGGUGGGGGCGCUGCUGGGCUCACUGCCCCGGACGCCCCGACAGAACGGACGCCUGGGACGACCCCUCCGACUGCUGCCCGAGGAGGAGAGACAGCUGAGUGAGCAGCACGCCGCCGCCGCGCUACCCUCCGCUAACCAGGAUGGAGGAGGGGCGGAGCAGCACGAGGAGGAGCGGAGGCGGAGCUACGAGGUGCAGAGUGUUGUCGCUCUGGAGGAGAGGAAGUCCGCUCUGCUCCGAGCAAUGACCUCAUCACACACAGAUUCAGCCUCUGGUCCUGGGACCUCGGACGAGGCCCUGCGGCGCCGCCUGGACGCCCUGGACCAGAGCUUCACCUUCCCUCCGGCGGCGCUGGCGGUCCAGCUGAGCACGUCGAGGGCGGGCUUGACCCACUGCCCAGUGGACCGGGCCGUCCUGCAGGCUGACUGGCCAAUCAGGGCGCAGCCUGACACGAGCGGGGACAUCAGGUACCAGGUGUUCAAAGACUUAAGGGGGCGGGGCUUCUACCUGACCUCAGCAGGGAAGUUCGGAGGCGACUUCCUCGUUUAUCCAGGUGACCCUCUGCGUUACCACGCCCACUUCAUCGCCGUCUGUCUGUCUCUGGAUGAGUCGGUGUGCGUGCUGGACGUCCUCGCCGUGGCUCGUCUGGGAUCCAACGUGAAGAAGACGGUGCUGCUGUGCUCGCCGGGGACGGACGGAGCGGUGCGGUACACGUCGUUACAGUGGAGCGGGAUGGUGUGAAGACCUGGAUCUGGAUCAGAUCAGAUCUGGAUCAGAUCAGAUCCAGAUCCACGUCAGCAGCAAGUUACAGGUGGGACAGGAAGGGAUUCGGACUCCGAGUGUGUCCAGCAGGGGGCACCUGCCGUGUUCACGACAUUUGAUUUCAUAUUGAUGACAUCAUGACAAUGAAUCCUGUUAUUGAUUCUGAAAGUUUCAUCGACGCAGCUUCAGUUUCUCAAUCGAGUGUUUGAGGUUAUUUCCUUUUGAAGUUUUUCAAUAAAUGAUAAUAAAGAUAAAAUUUA